CGUAAUUAUAUCGCUCGUCUUCGUUUCUUCUGUACUUUAUUUCAUUGGACACGAGGAUCUCAGGGUUCUUCUGUUUUUGCCUAUUUUCACCUGUACAUUUCCUUUGGUCAUCUUUUCUACUAUUUUGUAAUUUUCACUUUUACUACAAACAACCUACCUAGACUUUUUUGUCGAACAUGAGGCAAACGCGCAGCAAUCGCACGACCAAUCGUGUUGGCAUUGUGCCUCUGCUCAUCCUGUUCGUAUUGCACCCGGACACGCUUAUUUUCAGGGUUGCGGCCUGGGACCCGAAAUUUCGUGGAAAGCGCGUGGACAACAUCAACUAUUACAAUGCGUUCGAGCUGCUGGGCCAGGGCUGGUGCACCAACAGCGACCUAAAUUUAGAGCGGCGGAAGAAGACCGUCGCGUCCGAGAGCGAAUGCGCCAGCUUGUGUAUCCAGGAGGAGCGGUGCUCCGGGUUCGGGCACCAGCGGCUGCUGUACUCGGAUUGCGAAAUCUACGGGCCGAAACUGGACGACUCGGUGUUACUCCCCGUGCCGCCAUGGACGUACUACAUCGACCCGGCGUCGAGACCGGAGAUCCCGAACGGGCAGUUCAACACGGAGUGCUACCGCAAGACCUUCAAUGCCGACGGGACCAACGUGAAGCACUGCGAGAUCGCCGCGCCGGACGACAGCAAGUACUACUACGCGCGGCCCUGUCAGGAGGGCUUUUCCAUCGCCGAGGGCGGGUCCUGCACCCUGACGUGCAACACACAGGCGGGGUACGUGCCCUUCCCCGCGCCGCCGCUGAAGGCGACCUGCAUCAACGGACAGCUUCUGUCCCCCUCCAUGCAGGCGGCGGGCUGCGUGACCGCCGCGCAGCAGGUCAACCUGCAGCUCCUGGCCUCGACCAGCGACAUCUCCUGGCCGGCGAAGAGAUUGUCGGCCAGUCUCACCUCCUGGUGGUUCUCCGGCGUGAAUCUGGACAUUCUGUACAGCCCCGAACGGACCCAGGCGCAGCGGUACUUCCAGGUCUUGACGGCGGACUUCGAAACCUGGCCGAUCUGCAACGGGUACGAGCACUACCCGGGCAUGCGCGGGAACGGCGGGCUGGUUCUGCCCAUGGACAUUGACUUAGUAACCGAGAUGCGCCAUUCCCUGCAGUACGCACUGCAGUUGCCGAACCAGACGUACGGGCUGCAGAUCUCCUCCUGCGAGUACAACCGAACCCGCGCAAUGCUGUACUUGCCCAGCCCGUUCGGGUCCGCAGCGGAGGAGCAAAAGUUUUUACGAGAUCUGAACAACCGCACGAUGCACGCGUUGGUGGAUGUGAACAUCGCACUGCGGCACAAUUUGCGGUUCAACCGCAUGCCGAACUUGCUGGAGUACAACGAGACGCACGGGUUCGUGUUUUUGAACAAAUUGUGGAGCACGCGGCAGUGCAAUGAGGAGUUCACGUACGACAACUACGUGGGGUGUGCGUACACCACCACGACCGGGCUCCGGUGUCAGACCUGGGAGGAGAUCAUCCCGCACCUACACCCCUUCUCCACACUGACCGCGGACGCGACGACGCCGUUGUUGGAUGACCGGGGGUUCAACGAGGAGAAUCCCUACGUCCAGCAGGAGUUGAUCAACCGACAGAAUGCCAUCGACGCGUCGACCACGAAGGCGCCCGAAACGUUUGGCGUGACCACGCGGUCGCCGAACGCCCCGUCCGAUUUCGGCGUCACCAACUACAACCCGGACGUGUUUUACCCCGGGGGGCUGCUGGUGGACUUGCCCUUGGACCAGAACUACUGCCGCAACCCGGACGGACGCAACCAGGGGCAGGCGGACAAGGGCGGCAGUAACAGCAUUUGGUGCUUCACGGUGGACCCGCUGUUGCGGUUCGACUACUGUUCGCCAAUGGUGGUGAACCCGGUGCCCGAGGUGUGCCGGACCCUGGUCCGCGGCGACCAGCUGGCAUAUCAACUGUAAAAAUGUCUGGGUCUCCUGGAAGAUUCUGACACUUGCCAUGCACUUUUUGCAUGAGUCCUGAUGUCUGUGAUGCAUGCCCUAGCAUCACAUAUUUUUUGAGAGCUUCGCGAUGCCUUUUCCGCAUGACAAAUGCCUUCUCAGCGUGGCAAAAAUUGCAUUCCCUUUGGUACUCAUGCAACACAGAUUUUUUUGGAAUCCAAAUGCAGCAUCACAAGUUGCAUUCUUCCAGACCCAGACAUUUUUACAUUUGAUAUGGCGCCACAGCAGUCGAUGAUCAACCUGGACGGGAACCCGAUUCUGCGCAACGCGACCACGGUGCGCCCCUUUUUGGUGCCCCACGAGUCGAUCUCCGACGACUCGCUGAAGUGCCAGGACGUGCACCCGGACUUCGACGGGGACCUGUUCAUGACGUGCAACCCGGAGGAUUUGACGAUCACCUUCGACAUUUCGAAUUGCAACGACACUAAGUUUUUCCGGAACGACGAUAUGUUGGUGGACCGCUACAAGGAGAUCCUCGUCGUGGACGCGUCGUCCUACCAGGACUGCCGCAAAGCCGCGAUCGACCACGGACUCAGCUACUUCCGCGAGCGGCCCGAGGGCUUCGAGUACCAGUCGUUCACCACCGUGCCGGUGGCGCCGGGCAGCGUGGAGACGGAGUUGCGGCAGGUGACCAGCAUGAACUGCUUGCUAUACCAAAAGUCCCAGGGCUUCCGGCUGAAGGACAAGACGGACCAGGGGGACGUCGUGGCGGUGUACGAGCUGCGCGGCGUCCCCUACGAGUGGGCGACGAGCGACCCGCAGUUUCGCGUCACCGGCAAAGCGGACGCCGGGGAGGAGGGGGGCACGUCGAGUUUCAUGCUCGGUGGCGGCGCCUUCCUCGGCGUGCUAAUCGCGUACCAGAUCUACUCGUCCUGCCGGUCCGGGGAGCUGCAGGCCUUGUUAUUCGGCGGCGACGCGCGGGACGGCGAGGGCAAGAGCAGCGGCAUAUCGGCGUUUCAACCAGUGUUCAAACAUGCGAAGCUGAUUCCCUUCAAUCCGGACAUCAUGUUGGCGAAGCGGAAGGCCGGAUCGACCGAGGAGCGCGCCGCGGAACAGGGCGGUUUGUCGAAGGAGGAGGCGGUCCGGAAAUUUAUCAAGGACCGCGAGGUGCUGGAAGCGAACAUUGAGUACGCGGAAUUCGAGCGCAAAGAGGCGAUCCGGCUGAAGCGCGAGGCGGAGCUCGAGAAAACGAAGGAGAUCUUCGCGGCGAAGCUGCUGAUUCUGAAAAACUUCUUCUUCGACGGCAAUAAGUGGCGGGGCUACGACCCCCAGCCGUUGGUGCGCGAGGAGGACGGUGGGGAGGUGGAUGAGGACCGCGGGAAGAUCGAGAAGAAGAAAAAGAAGGCGGGCCGCCUGCUGACGAAGAAGGACUCGAAACUGGACCGGCGGCGCCUGCUGACCCGGCGGAGCAGCUCCGCGAUGCUGGCCGAGCAGGAAAUCGGGCUGGAGCCGCACCCCAACCAGGUGUUGUCCGUCCGAAAAGCGGGGAUUUUGAUGAGCAAUCUGCUGAAGCGGUCCGACGGCCGCAUCUCCGGAAUGCGUGCGGACGACGAGGACGGGAGCAAGACGGAAGGGGACCGCCGGCAUCUGCACUACGCGCUGUCGCAACGGGGGAAGAAGGUGUUGAAAGACGUGAAGAAGGCGGUGACGGCGCACGAGAUUGAGAGGGGCUUCGGGUGGGUGAACAAGAUGGAGCGGACGCUCUCCGUGCCGGACGACAUGUCGAAGCAGCGGAACAUGCUGACGCCCUUCGUCACGAAGUACUACGUGCGGAAAGCGCUGGAUGAGGAGGACCGUAUCAUGGAGCGACAGCCCCACCGCAUCAUCCGCGCGUACCGGAAGAGGCAUCAGGUGACGCAGAAGGUCCGGUCGCAUCUUUACAAGAAGCGGAGUUUCUUCCACGCCAUGGGCUGGGACCCGUUACGGGAUGAGGCCGGUACGCUGCAUUUAAAGCCGCUCGUGGAGACCAAGUCCGCGAAAUCAAAGAAGGAAAAGCUGAAGAACAAGGGAGUCAUCGCCACGGAAGUCGAGCUCGACGCGCAAUACACAAUGGAGAUGGAGGCCGUCAUCGCGCAGAAGGCACUGGCGCCGCAUUUGAAAGACAAAAGUACUUUAUAAUGUGAUUUUACACUGUGCAUUUGAGCUUUGUGUUUUUUGUCGAACGUUUCAGACUGAGCAUUGCCGUCCGUUGCAUGAAACAAAACUAGCAAAAUUCAUCCAGAGGUCACAACUGAAAAAAAUUCUUUCUCAACACUCACAGGUUCCAAGUUGGCCAUGAAGCUGAUGCAAGCAGAGCAGGAGAGGGCCAGACUAGCAGCAGAGGCCGCGUCGGCGGAGAAGGCGAAUGCCGCCCCGCCACUCACCGACGUGUCCGCCGAGUUACCACCGUUGGACGAGGAGACGCUCGGCACCGCCGAGCUGGUCAAGGAGUACAACGUGGCCGAGGCGGCCGAAAAGGAGGGCAGCCACGCCGAGGUUGAUUCGAACCCGACUGUGAACCUGGACGGGGGCAAGGAGGUGAUCGAAAUAGACGUAGACAGACCAGCUGCCGGCCCACCUGGCGUGGGCAGCAGUGGAACUACUGGGUCUAGUAAUCAACAACAACCUUCACAGCAGCAGCUGGCGAGGAAUAAUCAGAAUCGCGUCAGUCCGCUGACGGCCUCGGUGCCCGUUGGUGGUGUACGAGCAACUGCUACGCCCGGCAAGAAUUCCGCGGCGCCGAAAAUCACGAUCAUUUCCGCUACCGGUAAGAAGCCCUUUUCGCGCGAGCGCAUCGCGCAUUACGUGCAGCGGGAGAAGCGGCUGCGGCGCAAGGCGCACUCCGUGUCCGGUGGCGGCCGUAUGGAGACCAACGCCAUCAUCGGACCCCGUGGGGUGUACCCCUGGCAGAAAAACUCGGAGGGGAAUGUCAGGCGGUUCAAGGACCGCAUGAAGUUCCUCUUUAAGCACGAGUACGAGGAGAAGAUCGAGAAGAAGCGGUACGAAAACCAACUGAAGCGCAAGAAAAAGAUGUCCGCCGAGGACAAGCGGAUUGCCGAGGCGUUCGGAGAUAAAACCGCGAACAUUUUGAACGAAUUCAUCCCGAAGAACCCCAAGGUCCACUCCCCACUGCUCUUGCACCCACUGAUCAACGCCAGUCGCACGCAGCCGAUCCGGUUCCAGGAGCGGCACAAGGCCAUCUGGAUCCGGGGGCUGGACUUCCAGGUGGCCAAGGACUACAAUUCCAUCGUGCACUACUGCGACCUAGCGAAAGUGGAGGACACGCCAGUGCAGGAGAGCAUCGCCUGGAAAAUUUCACGAUUGGUCCCGAGGAAGGAGCGAUUAAAGCAGAAGCAACUUCUGAAAGAAAAGAGAAAAAGAGGACAAGGGACCAGUCUCGGGGGAACGAAUUCCUCCUCUUCCUCCUCCUCCGAUGACCAGGGGUCGAUCUUCUACACGCGCGAGGACAAGGAGGCGAAGUACAAGUACCCGCCCACGCACGUGUCGUCCCUGGAGAACACGAACAGUCUGUUUUCCUCCACGAUGUACCGGAAUUUCGAGAUCGACAUCGACUGGAACGAUCCGAUUGCGGUCGCGAGGUACAAGCUGUGGACCCCGGAGGACCUAUCAGAUGUAAAAAUGUCUGGGUCUGGAAGAUUCUGAGACUUGACCCAGGAUGUCUGUAAUGCACGACCUAGCAUCACAGAUUUUUAGCAGGCUUCCUGAUGCCUACUCCGCAUGACAAACGCCCUCCCCGCGUAGCACAAACUAGACUCCUCUUGCUGGUCAUGCAAUGCAGAUUUUUUUAGAGUUCAAAGUUAGCAUCACAAGUUCCAACCUUCCAGACCCAGACAUUUUUGCAUUUGAUAGGACCCAAAAGAGGACGAUACCAACAUCGUGCUGUGCAAGGACUACCGGCUCCCCCCGAUCUCGCACCACAGCUACCACCACUACGGCCACGUGUGCUCGGAGGCCCGGUUGAAGGGACUGUUGAACCACAUUGACACGGACCCGGCGCCCGUGGUCACGGACGUGGUCACCAGCACGGUGGUGUCGGUUUUGCGGAACAAACCCUUCCUGCUCACCGGGGACCUGUCUGCGCAGGUCGUGGACGAGGCCGGCGGCGCUUCGGUGGCGCAGAAGCGCUACGCGUGGGACGAGCACAAGCAGCGGCUGUUCGUGGAGAAGGUGAAGCUCGGGGGCGCGCAGAAGUGGGUGGCGCACGUGGUGCACGCCCAGCGGUCGUUCCUGGAAAAGCACUGGGCCCUGCAGACCAACCACCUUUCGCCGCGCGGUGAGGGCGCACGGUCGAUCUUCGGAAACGGUUUGGCGACAGACGCAGCGGUGGAGGAGGAAAAGUCGUUGGGUCAUUCUGGUGUUUCUACUUCUGCGACAAGGCUGCAAGAGCGGCAGUUGCGGGAGGACACGAAGCAGCUGUGUCGGGUGUCGACAAGAUUGGAGCGGCUCGUCUCCGCGCAGCUACAGAUGGAGAAGAUGGAGCGGGCCUUGAGAAGCGAGGAAGUCAUCCCGGAAAUUAGCGCAACAGAAGCGGAGGAGGGAGUCGUGUCUGGUCCUGUGGAAGCUGCUGUUCCCGCUGUUGACAGCAGUGCGACUGGAACAACAAUUGAGCAAGUGCACCAGGAACAAAGCUCUACAACUUCCACCAGCGUCCAGAAUGUCGGGCUGUCCAUCCAGAUCAACCACGCUAGCAACUUCCUGAAACCGAUGACGCCGGACAUGGACCUGCACCCCUUUGUGCGGGUGACGAUUUUGAAGAAGCUGAAGGAGGAAGAGCCUGAGGAGCUGCACGUGAAAUUUGCGGAAAAGACGGCCGAGUCCUUCAAGUCCGCGGACAAGCACGCGGCUGCCGUAGGGAAGCAGAGGCGGUCGAGAUCGAAGGAGAGCCUGAAGAGCUUUGGGCGCACGGAUGUAGAGAUGUUCGAGUCGUUUCAGACCAACGUCAUACCUUCGGUAAAGAACUUGCUCGCGUACAGCAGUCGAAGCCAAAGCAGUGUUGCCCGUUCCAAUACGACCACCAACAGUUUCCGUCCGAGUGCCGCGAACGCGAGAAUGGUGGACCGGGCGAACGAUCUGAUCAAGUGGGAGCAAGAACUGCUGUUUCCGAAGCCCGCAGAAAAGGAAGAGCUGGAAGAAAUCCUGUUUCAAGUUUUCGACGAUUACUACCGCGACGAGAAGACAAACGAGCCCUUGCUUUUAGGCGAGGCGAGGAUGAGUGUGCAAGAGCUGGACCAGCUCAUUUCAACAUCGAAUGUUAGUGCAAGCAGCAGCGUUCUUGGCUUGGGUUCAUCAACGUCAAAAAACCUGACGCUGACGAACCCGGAGGAGGCGAAGCAGCCCCCUUACGCGUUGGAGUCAAAGUUGGGGUUUGGGUUGGAGCAGUUCUCGAAGACCAAUGCAACUUUGAACGAAAAGAGGAUGAAACGAGCGUUGAAUAUCACCGUGACGCCGCGGAAGUUGCUCAACCUGAGCAUCGAAACAGUUUCUCUGAACGCAAACUCGGACCUGAUGCAAAAGAGCUACGAGGAAGAGCUCCCGGGCUGCUUCGUCCAGAUGGAGAUUCUGCAGCAGGAGAGCGCAACGCGCACGCGAACGUCGUCGCAAGAUUUGGCGCGUGUGAUCGUCGGGGAACCAGUUGAGGAGACAAACCAGACCAUCCGGUUCGAUUGGAACGGCUCGCUUCUGUACAAAGAGGGCAAUAGUGUUGAGGACGAUGCUGCUCUUACCAACACAGCGUCGGACCGGUUUGGUAUGAUCACUGGAACGAGCAGUACAACAAAACGCUCUACAACGACGCGAGUAGCGUUUUACGUGAAGAAGGAGGAAGAGAGAAAGCAGAGCACCAUCCUCGGCGAAGCUGUCAUCGACCUGGACUCGGCUUUGCAGACAAACGGAAUAGAUGAACCGAUUGAAUUGAAGUUGCAGGGACUAAACCAGGAUUUGGCAAGCCCGGAGGACGAGGUUCUUGCAGAUGACGGCGCGGAGAUGAAGGCGAAUGCAGCAUCACCGGGGUUUGUCGGAUCGCUAAUCGUCCGGCUCAACGGCGGUAGUGGUGGUGCACAAGUGCCCAGCGGUCCUGCGGCAGUAGUUGCGAAAGACCAGCCCAUAGAUCAUCAGAACGCGACGAUGAACCCGAGCACCGAGCUAUCGGUGGUCUCAUCCAGCACGCGGCCGGAACACCAAAUUCCGGAGAUCAAAAUCAUUCCGCCGCUCGCCGCGCUGAAGUGGGUGGCCACGACGGAGCUUCCGAAGAAGGCCCGACUGGGGUCCUCCAUUCUGGGGCUCGCCAAGGCCGCGGCGAAGAAGGGCGGGGUGGACCGCCUGGGCAAGCUGGCCGGCAAGCAGCGCGCGGCCUGCGAGUUCAUUCUGCAGAAGCCGGACGGGUUCCAGCGGGGGCGCAACCCGGACGUGCGGUUCGAGCGGUUCCCCGGCCGCUCGGACUCCGCCCCGGCGCGGUACUACCCGCAGUCCAAGGCGUUUUCCGAUGUGGGGUUCUUCGACUUCCUGGGCGAGAAGCUGCGGCGCGUGUCGGUCCGCAAGAAGGAGGAGCACCGGAUCGCGCUCGAGAAGCAGCACGCGGAGCGGAUGCGGCGCAAGCAGAAGUUGGAGGCGGAGAAGGUCUACGAGGCGCAGCAGCAUCUCGGGUUCGACGACACGGCGGCCACCGCCGCGUUCGGGGGCUUGCCGGAAAGACUGCUGCCGACCAACACGUUCUCCGAGGACUUCUUCCCGGAGCUCACCGGGUUCCGCGUCACCGUCAAGUCUGGCCAGGACUUGAACGAGGAGUCCUGGCCGCUGAUGGGCAAGCACAGAAUCGACGAUCCGGUGGUGAAGAUCUACGUGGGCAGCGGCAACUUCCAGGUGGGCCACGCCGCCUGGUCGAUCUCCGCGAACGUGGGCCAGAAGAAGCAGGUGUCGUCCACCACCGGCGAGGCCACGCUCCCCAGCUUCAAGCGGCAGGGCAAGGUGGACCCGGACACGCUGCUGUUCACGAGCGACCAGUUCACGCGCAACCCCUCGGCGGCGAACGAGAUUCUGUUUGACCCCAACGUCACCUCGUUCUCGACACUGCUGCAGGACUCGCAGAAGUACUUCCGCUUCCAGGUGUUCGACCGGGACUGGUCCAACUCGGAGCUGAUCGGCGAGGCGAUUUUGCACCGGGGCUUCUUCCACGCCGGGUUCGACGGCAACCUGAAGCUGUGGAAGAAGUUCCCCCCGGACCCGAAGAAGGCCGACCCGUCCGCGCGGAUUCUGGCGGACUGCGGCUCGCUGAACAUCAGCAUUGUGCCCAUCGGCAAGCUGCAGCUGUUCGUGGAGCGUGCGGACGAGAUCUACGAGCCGGACUUCGCGGCGCUGGACAAGUGCAACCCGUGGAUCAAGAUCAACGUGGGCAGCUCCUUCAGCACGCGGUCGCAGUCCGUGAAAAACACGCGGUACCCGCUGUGGGAGUACCAGUGCGCGGUGCCCUGGGACCCGCGGUUCUACGAGCAGCUCGCCGUGGCAAAAACGCAGGGCAGCACGAACAGCAACACGAACUCGAACUUGAGUCCGGAGCAGGCGGAGGAGGAGAAGAAGAUCAUCCCCGUGGUGCACUUCGAGAUUUACGACAAGGAGGAGAAAGAACCCACCGCGCAGGAUCAGAUGAACCAGCGGGCAGGUGUGGAGCAGGUGCCGCUCGUGUCCGGGUCUGAGUUGCGCAAGUUCCAGGUGGAGUCGGGCACGGUGUCGCAGCCGCUGCAGCUGCAGCGGCGCGACGGUGCCAACGCGGGCACGCUAUUUCUGGAAAUUUUGGACGUCGAGCAGCCGGUGGUCGGAAAAAAGUCGGAAAAGCUGAACUCCGAGAAGCGCUACCAGCAACUCAUCUGGGUGUUCGGAAAAGACUGCGCGAAGAAGGAAAAGAUCCGGCGGGACAAAGAGGCGGCCAGUAUGGCGAAGCUGCGGCAGCUCAGCAAGGAGCGCACGCAAAGCAAGGAUAGCUCCGUGCAUCUGCAGCCCGGCCAGGACGCGCCGCCGGAGAACUCCGAGUUGAUCGUGGCGACGUAUUUGCGCAACCAGAACGCGACGCUGUUGAACCUCGAUUCCACUACUCUUGCGAUUGCGAAGCAGCUGGCGGCGGAGGAGGUGCAGCUGCCGCCGUUCUUCCAGCCCACGCUGUUUGCGUCGCGGAGAAUCAUCGUGGGGCAGCAGCUGCCCCCGGUGUUGCUUCCAAGCCAAGUUCGCAGAAAUUGGUGGCAACAAAACCAAUCUGCUGCGCUGGCGCUCUUGCCGCGGCUGGCGCGCGAGAUGUUCCAGAGCGCCGCACUAGCAGCGGCCAGAAAUAAGACAUCAUCCGCCCGAGCGACGAGUGCAACUACUAGUAUAGUCGCCGCGGGGAGUACUUCUAGCGGCCAUAAUUCUGGGCUCCUCGAUUCGGAAACGAUGAAAGCGAACUUCGCUGCCACGUGGCUCCCGGGGAUUCCCCGCAUGACGCCCGAGGACGCCGCGAUCAUCUGCGGGGUGCCGUUUCUGCACCUGACGAACAUCGCAGUGCCACCCGCACUGGAGAAGGUCGCUGAGGCCGACCUGGACGAGUUUUUCAACGUUGGCGGGGAGCAGGUGCGAAUCUCGCUGCCGCUGUCCAAGAAGAACGCGCUCAAGCUCCCGAAGGACGGGGUGGCGGAGCAGUCUGCCUGGCACAAGAUCCUCCCUUCGGUCUACGAGGCGCCGGAAACCAAGCGGAAGCCGAUCCCGAUCGAUUUGCUGCUGACCAUCGAGGUGAAGCGCGCCCAGAACAUCUAUCCGGAAAAUUUCAUCGGCACCGCGGACCCGUUCGUGCGUGUGCUGUUCCGGGACCAGGUGUUCGAGACGAAAAUCGUGACGAACAACCGGCAGGACCCGAUCUGGGACCAGAAGUUCGAGACAAAAGUCCCGGCCAGCGACGAGAUGCUGCAGAACCUGCUGCGGUUCGAGAUCUACGACGCGGACGCGGUGUUCCAAACCAAGAAGGAGCGGCUCACCAAGGCGCUGAUCGGCAAAACAAAGAUGAAGCUGGAGUACUUCGCGAAGCGGCAUUACGACGGCGGACUCAGUCUGAAGACCAGCAGUCGCAUGGUGGAGAAGAAGAAGGUGUUUGAGGAAGAGUCAUUGCACGCACCCACACUGUUCGUCCGCCUGCAGCUGGAGCCCUUCGACCGCGAGGAGGCCAUCAAGGCCGCGGCGCUCGGCGGCCUCUUCCUCGGGCAGUCGCUGGGCAACCAGCUGGGGCGCGGGUCGCUGAUGGCCGCCCGGCGGAAUCGAAAGAAGCAGCUGGCGGAGCAGCAGGCGCGCGAGCGGACCAGGUCAGAGUUGUCCAGCAACGCCUCUCCCGACACGAAGACGGACCGCGAGUCGUCCAAAGCGACAAGCCGCAGCUCGUCGGUUUCCAGCCUACCGAAUAGAGCGGGCAAGAAAAAAACCAGUAAGAGCGGGUUAGAACAAAACCCAGAUGCGAUCGCGGAGGAGGGAGAUGCGACCAAUGCCCCAGAGAAGAAGUUGAAAAAGGCGAAAUCAAUCGCGGAGCUGGCGCUGGCCUCCCACAAGAAGAAGCUCCGGGACGCCGAGGUGGAGAAGGGAAAUUUGAACAAGAUCAAAUCGAAGAAACUGCUUGAACCGAACCUGUUCAAGUCGCCGCGAAACCGGCGCAAGCACCAGGAGGCGGUCCGCAAGCACAAGCAGGAGCGGCGCAAGCUCAUGAAGCGCACGGACGAGGGCGACGCGAGCAGUGCGAGCGAAGCGGGGGACAGCAAGGAAAAAACCGAAGACAAGAAGAACGGUUCGGAGCUAGACUCCGAUGAGGACCAGAUCCCGUCCGACAUCUUCCCGGAGCGCCCCGCGGUGGCGCCACUCAGGCCGAAGAUCUUCGUUUCCGGGGUGCGGUACUCGGACACGCUGCACCACCCCGCGAUCGUGGACUGCUACGCUGACGUGUUCAAGGAGGCCUUCGCCGGCACCAAGCACUUAAACGAGCAGGAGGCGAAGGAGAAGCUGCGCAAGCGCAAGCUGGUCACGCUGAAGAAGACCGGGAACACCGAGCUGAACUCCAUCCUGAACGUGGAUUUCCAGACGCGCAAGCACCGCUACAAGAAGCACGGCAGGGAGAAGACCCUGUUCGAUGCGGACUUCAUCCGGACGCAACAGGGCUUCUUCGACGUGGACAAGGGCGAGUUCUCCUCCGACCGCCGGCGCGACCCGAGCGACUUUGACAACAGCUUCGAGCAGUCGUUCUACAGCAAUCUGUACUCGACGUUUUCCCAAGAGGACCACCACGACGAGUUCCGCAGCAGAUUCCACCACAGCGACCCGGAGGUGUCCUUCACGGACCGCAGUCCCAGCCCCGACGGGGACCGGUCGUCCAUGGAUGAAGGGAAGUUCUUCGCGGGCGUCUCGCAGGUGGAUCGAGAGUUCCAGUCCGCGGCGGGAGGUGGAGGAGGAAGAGGACCUGCUCAGGAGAACAAUUUUAUGCGCUCAGAUUCAAAUUCUCCAAACACGACGAUGCGCAGCGACCGCUUUCUUGGCGGGACAGGUAGGAACUUCUACACAGGGCGGGUCGAGAUCGAUUUAGGGGAAACGGACGACGAAGUGAAUGAGUACGAGCAGUACUACUGGGAGCGGCGCGGCAAGGCGAUUCUGACGCAGCACGCGGAGCAGAAGCGCGUGCGCACGCGGGGCGGCGAGCCGAAGGAGUACUUCACUCUGAACCAGGCGGGAGUGCGGCUGGACCUGUCGCCGGUGCGGCGGAACUUCACGGAGCACAUCCAGAUGCGCAACCACGAGCGCGAGCUGCGGGAGCAGGCGCGGCUGAAAAACUCGGGAAACAAAACCAAUUUGGUGAACCCCGCGUGGGGCGGAAUCCUGCCGCUGUCCGACGGCCGCGGUCGCCGGGACCUGGUGCACGUGGAUCCGACCGGCAUUGGUUCGAUCGCGAACACGACUUUGUCGAGCAGCAAGAGCGACAAAACCGCCUCGCGGUCCGUCGACGGUCGUGCGAAGCCGGAAAUCGAGCUGUAUCCGGCGAUCCCGAAGCGGGGGUCGCUGCGCGAGAUGGCGCCCAACUUUGCGAACGAGCCGAAUUACCUGCAGUCCGGCCGCCGGUCCCCGCUCCGCAUCGCCCGCAGCAUGGACCAGCCCAGCAGCGGCUACAGCAGCGCCAAGGAGAUCCCCACCUCGCCCAGCGUGGAGCGCGAGCGGCGGCGGAGGCUGCUGGGCGCCAAGAAGCGAACCGAGGAGCGGGACUACAGCCCGAACCUGCAGCUCCGCAUGGCGGCGGGGAAUAAAGAUACCCGCCGGGACGCUUUCCGCAUCCAGAUCCACCCGGACGACGAUGUUGUGGAACAGGCGGACGGCUACCACCCCUUCUGGCGCUCCAUGUUCUCCCUGAAGACCUCCUCGGGCAGCAAAAACCGCCCGGGCUUCUGGACGAAGCAGCCUAACUUCGACCCUGUCAAGGCCAAGGGGCCACCCACCAUGACCGAUUUCCGCACGCGGGACAUCGUGCAAGACAUGGCGGAAGCGGAGGCCGACGAUCAGUACGACUUCUGAGUUGUUUUGGAGAAAAUGAAUCAUAGCUUUUUCCGAAACGAUUUUUGAGAAGCCUGGAGUCAGAACCGCAGUUAUUUUGUCGUUCCGGUACUUGAGGCGCGCGGAUAACUGCGUAGUUUCUCUUAGAGUUUUCCUUUCAAUUUCUUGUCUUCAGCGAGCAUUUGUUAUUUUUUGCACAUUAUUUUCUUCGCACAGUCACACUGACAUUACAUUUUUGCACCGUUUGUAUUUUUCACAUUUUUACACUUUGACAUCCAAACUCGCCUCAGCGAGCAUUUGUUAUUUUUUGCACAUGAUCAUCAUCAUCUUCAGAUUCGAAUUCGCACUUGCCAUUUCACGUGUUUAACAGACACAUUUUUGCACUUUUUUUGUUGAACUGCUAUUUUUUCAUGGCUACCUCCGAAAACGCGCACCUCUUUACCCCUUAUGAUCCAGACGUCAGUCAGCCCUGACAAGUCACAAUUUCGCUAUUUGAGUAGCCCUCGUUGCUUUUUUUGUUUCCUGUUACAGCACAUCAGCAUCCUGAUUUCAAGCGAGCAUUUGUUAUUUUUUGCAGGUAUUUCGAAAGCGCAAGCGCAACCCGAAGCAAGCAUUUGUUAUUUUUUGCACAAAAUAAGAAAGAGAAACUAAGAGUAAGAUACGUAAGUCGCAAGCCCGAUACAAAACGAAUUUCGUAGAAAAGGUUUCUCAGGAUCGUGGAUUCUUGAUCAUCUCCCCCAUUUAUUUCAAGGUGGGAGUUACACUUUUAC